AUGAAUGUCCGUUACGGUGCGACUCUAUCAUUUGCUUCCCGAUUUGGAAACCAUCGGUUUAGUUUGGAUUGCCUCAUUCUACCCAAGUUAAUAGUGUCUCUUCCCAGUCAUCAUAUCGACGUUACGCAGUGGAAGAUUCCACGAAACUUACCACUGGCACUUCUCCAGAAAACAGUGCUGGGAUACAUCAUAUGUGGCAAGGUCGUUGAUCCCCCGCCUUCCCAUGCAGUUGAAAAUAGUUUCGUUUGUACAAAUGAGAUGCUGAGCCAGCAACUGGAGCGCUUCUGGGAAGUUGACAAUUUUGAUACCGGAAAGGUUUAUAGUCCCGAUGAGCAACAUUGUGAAGCACACUUUCAACAAACCGUCGAGCGAGAUCAAGACGGUAGAUAUAUAGUUCGUUUGCCUUUGCGGGAGGAAGUGCUACCACCGUUGGGAGAUUCGUAUCCCGCCGAACUUCGUCGUUUUCUCACCAUGGAAAGAAAGUUUUCAAAAGAUGAAAAUCUCCGCAAGGCAUAUCACGAUUUCAUACAGGAGUACGAAAUGCUUGGUCACAUGGAGGAGGUGAAUCCAUCCGCGUCGCGUAGCCCAUAG